AUGGGUGAACUUCCAAAGGCACGAGUGACUCCAGCCCGACCGUUUCUCCACAGCGGAGUGGACUUUGCUGGUCCAUUGCAAAUUUUGCUUUCUAAGGGGAGAGGCGCCAAGACAAGCAAAGCAUACAUCGCCAUUUUUGUAUGCAUGGCCACUAAAGCCAUACAUUUAGAAUUAGUCGGAGACCUCACCGCUGAAUCUUUCAUAGGAGCCUUUCAUAGAUUUGUUGCUAGAAGAGGCAAAUGUUCGCAUAUAUGGAGUGAUCAGGGAAGGAAUUUCGUAGGAGCAAAUAAAGAUUUAGCAGACGCCUGGAAGCAGGCACGUUUAGAAAUCCCUGGCUAUCUGAUAGACACAUUAGCUCUCGACGGAACUCAGUGGCAUUUCAUACCUCCUCAUAGCCCCAACUUCGGUGGCUUGUGGGAAGCCGGCGUAAAAUCUACGAAAUACCACCUUAGAAGAAUUAUGACGAGAAACUUAACACAAGAAGAAAUGACGACAGUGUUAUGUCAGAUAGAGGCAUGCCUUAACUCCCGCCCUUUGGUACCUAUCGACACUGAAGAUGUAGACGUCAUAGACCCAUUAACACCGGGUCACUUUUUAAUUGGUGAAGCUCCCAUAUUGCCACCGAGUCCAGACUUACGUGACAUCAACGCAAGUAAACUCACACGAUGGCAAUUUACUCAGAAAAUAGUAAGAGAUUUCUGGCAACGUUGGCAUACAGAAUAUUUGUCACGACUCCAAGAAAGGACAAAAUGGAUAAAACGUGAGUCAGAGUAUGAAAUAGGUGAUAUAGUUCUCCUCAAAGAUGACAACUUGCCACCAGGGAAGUGGCUACUCGGUCGAAUUAUGGAGAAGUACCCAGGACCGGAUGGUAUAGCCCGAGUAUAUGGUGUUAAAUGUGGCACGAAUAUAUUAAAACGCUCAAUUUCCAAAUUGUGGGCUUUGCCCAUUGAAUCUAAAUAA